AUGGAGAGCCAGCCAAGUUUUCGACGUAUAGGUGCUGGAUUUUGCGGCACAGUGUGGGCUUUAAUGCCCAGUGAUACUGUCCUGCAGGGCGAUGCCUUCAAGCGAGAAGACGGGGGCCCUGGAAGGUCCCUCAAGAAGGAGUUCAAGAUGCACAAGAUCAUACUGAAUGCCAUGGAGCAAUAUCAAAAGACUCCUCCUGUCUCCAUACCCAGAUGCCACCAGUUCAUUGACCCCGAAGAUGCUUGGUGGACUGAGAAUUUGGAAAAGUUCCCCCAUGGAUAUUCCCCCUGCAACACCAUUCGAUCCGACCGCAUCCCCCCUGUUGGCGAGCCGACCCGAGAACUAUUGAUCGAGAAGUUUUGUCCUGCACCGCUAAUAUCGGAAAUAAAGGCCAGUGAUGUCAACAGAGACUGUCUCAUACGCCUAUACCUCGGAAGAUGCAGGUUCAGCUCACGGCCAAAGUCACCCUUCAUGGCUUUCUCUCUUCGGAACUUCCCACUGCACCUCGACCAGAUGCAGGAACUUGAGAUACCGCCCGCUGACCUCCUCACCUACUCUCACUUGAUGGCAGAGACUCUGGCAAUACUUCAUUGGAUAGGCAAGACUGACGCCAACGAUGUGGAGUUUGUCCUGGCACCACCACGGAACAACUCAAAGUCAACAGUAAUAUCGAACUGCCUUGGGGAACACACAUUAUGGAUCCUCGACUUUGACUGCUGUAACGACAUCUCACUGGAUAGCCAAGGGGUCGAUCAAGCAGUUAGGGCUUUUGUUAAAAAUGACCCUUUCUAUCCACGUCCAACCUCCAGUCUUGAUCUGUGGUCAGCAUUUCGACUCCGGUACAUUGAAACAAGCAACAACAUACUCGAGGGGGCAGCUGAUAAGUCUCUCCUUGAGCUUCCGGUCCGGUUCAUCAACGCUGUCGAAGCUGCAUUCUAA